AUGUCUGUCGCACUCGACUCUGACGACCUCGCUGUCACUAUCGAUGAGGCUGACCUUACCGCUACGACGACAUGGCGCUCACUAUCUUAUGAGUUCAGGGGCGUAUCUUCUCGCGCUACCGUCACCAUCGAUAUCGACAAUUCAUCCGACAACACCCAUGUUCGAACUCGCUCAGCGCAGCACUUGCUACGCCAGCUUCGCCCGCAUCUUACUUCACCGAUGAGUAUACAUUGGAUUGAGCUCUGCACCUCGGAGAUCAUGCGCACCACUUUUUUGCGCGCGCCGUUGAACGAGGUGGUCCUCCAUAGCCGGUGGCACCAGUCGAUGUCCCUCACCAGUAUGCGCCGAGCCGCCGUAGUCCCCACAGUGUCAUCCCGAGCUAUUCGCACCAUCAUUACUUCCAUUACCUCUGAUCUCCCUAAAUCAUUGUCCAUGCUCGGAUUUCGCAGACCUGACAACGUGAUGCGCCUUUCGGAUAUGUCAGACAGUAGAACUUAUAGUCUUUCUACUAUUCACCAGUCACACAUCGAUAUCAUGCCCACUCCAAUCCUCUUUGCAGUUUUACCUAUCGAGAACUACACAGUUGCCGAACUCGACUUCCUCUUCAAACCUGACGUCCUUCACGGGCUCCCUGCCCACGCUCGUCCUUCUGUCUCGCAUCCAAGACAUCAUAUACCGCGAUUAUCGAAACCAAUGCGGUAUACCAUCAUGGAUACGCUCUAUGCGCGAUCUGAUGGCCCUGCUGGAAGCCCUAGAACGCGCUCCGGCAAGCUUACUUGUGGUGGGCAUCGAUACAUAUUCGCCUUAUAUGCUGCUACAAUGAGUGGAUAUGCUGGUCACCCUGUAGCAGCUGGAGAUGAAAUGCUGGGGAUGGCGCAGCUCUGGAUGGGCUCGGUCGGCAAUCCUGAGAGGACCAACAGAAUUGAACGUGGACACUGGGUUUUGGAGGACGGAGAGAGCCAGAUUAUGUUCAGCCCCAUGAGCAUGAGUACGCUAGACCUUGACCAAUAG